AAAAUCCGAAGCCGAAAAAGGCAGAAGCAGAAUCCGAAAAAAGCCGAGAAAAGAUGGUGGUUGAAAGCGAGAACCCGAAAACUUCAGCAAACACAGGAGAACUAUCAAGCGCUGCGAUUAAAAACCCUAACCCUAACCCUAAGGAUGACGAGGAGUUGGAGGAGGGGGAGAUCGUCGGCGAUAAUGAACCGUCGAAGAAAUCAACGGCUGUGAUUCAUCAGCCGCACCCACUCGAGCACUCUUGGACCUUUUGGUUCGAUAAUCCUUCCGCCAAAUCAAAGCAAGCCACGUGGGGUAGCUCCAUGCGCUCGAUCUAUACUUUUUCCACUGUUGAACAGUUCUGGAGCCUCUAUAAUAAUAUACAUCAUCCAAGUAAGUUGGCUGUGGGAGCAGACUUUUAUUGUUUCAAGCAUAACAUUGAACCAAAAUGGGAGGACCCCGUAUGUGCUAAUGGUGGGAAGUGGACUUUAAUCUUUUCUAGGGGAAAAUCUGAUCAAUGCUGGCUGUAUACGCUGCUUGCAUUGAUUGGUGAGCAGUUUGAUCAUGGUGAUGAAAUUUGUGGAGUAGUUGUUAAUGUCAGAGGUAGGCAGGAGAAAAUUGGUCUUUGGACCAAGAAUGCAGCAAAUGAAGCAGCCCAGCUAAGCAUUGGGAAACAAUGGAAGGAGUUCCUUGAUUAUAAUGACACCAUAGGGUUCGUUUUUCAUGAGGAUGCAAAGCAUGAUAACAGGGCAAAGAAUCGGUACACAGCCUGAGCUGUAGAGUUUACUAGUAUACUCUAGGAAUGAUCCAUUUUCUUGAUGCAGUGGUAGUGGGGCUUGAUUCUUUUUUAGGAUUCCGGAGAAACUUCCAGCCUGAUACUUCUUCUUUUGUUUCUUUAUGCUGUUUAGUUGUUAGAAUAUUAGUAGUGACUCAAUAACACUGGAAGUUUGAUACCCUUUUAUUAACUGCAGAUUUUAGUAUGGCAAUUGGCAAUGCACUAAUACUUCUUUUCUCUCUCA